AUGUUGCGGACACCGUCAGUUAUCGUUGAUAGUCAAUGUGAAUCAUCUACUCCAUUGAUCCGGUCUAUUGAAGAUCAUGAUCAGAUACGAUGGGGCUCAAUAUCUUCAACACAGCCUGUUCUUUCAGGUCCAGAACAAAUUCGCGUGUAUCAUGAAUGGAUUGAUGCUGGGAAGCCUCAUAAUGUAGUUUGUUGGGAAUGUCGUCUCCCUGACAGUCUGAUUGGUUGUCAGACAUGCUGUAGAUCCUACCAUACUGCAUGUCUAUUGGAUGUGGUUCGCUCUGCAAAUAACUUUUAUUGUCCGUCUUGCCGGGCAAGAGCUUGGGAUUAUGCACCACCUCAGUUCUCUGUGCCGUCCCCAGCCCCAAGUACUGGUGGGACAACCCCAAACUACCAUCCAGACCCGUCUGGAAAUAUUCCAAUUCGUGGUGAUAGAUCACCAACGGCAUCACAGCGUAAAUCGUCAGCGGCCCCGCGGAUGAUGCCCCCUACUUUGACCCGUGUUGAUGAACUCAAUUCUCGCGGUACGCCAGCCGAGGUAUUCUCCGUGGCAGAAACGUACCCUCAGCUUCUGGAAUAUCUAGCGCUACCAGAUAAUGAGACACAGCACCAUGCCCAACCGUCACAGUUUAAGCAUCAACUGGGAAUGGCGAUAAAAGAGAUUGAAUCAAACCGGGCAUCAAUACGAGACAGGGUGAACAUCCGAGAGGACUAUCCACGAUUACAACGCGAGAAUGCACAAGUCAAAGCAUACCUUGAUUCCAAGCGCCCACCCCGAGAUACUGCCAUUCCAAGUCCUUCGGCGGUUUCACACAACAUCAUCUCAAGACCGGCGUCUGAGCAAAGGGGGAAGUCCUGGGAAAGCCUUGCUCUUGACAUGUUUUGA